UCUUUGGCACUACGUAUCACGGUGCAUGCGCCUCGACUCCCGCUGUUCGCUGUCUACGUCCUCACCGCGUAUCUCUUCAGUCGGCGUUGCGACGCGCUACGAGCGUCGCCCUGUUACUACCGUUCUUUCGUUUCACCACUUGAAAUUCGGCGCGAAACCGAAAUGUCCAAAAACUUUCGGCUCGCAUUCGGUCGUCCCUUUCCACGUUUACAAGCAGCAUAGCAUGGAAAGUGGAACCCUUUCAAAGGUGAAGGCGAUAGAAUUCGCUGGUCGAUGGGAAGCGACAGCGUGAAAACCGUUUGGAAUGGCGCGUUGAGAUUCCUCGUGGGAGUAGAUACGAGCACCGUCGUUCUCGUAACGCGAAACCUACGCGAGCGGCCACUCGUCAAGAUUUCUGUACCUUCGACCUGGCCACAAUGAACACGGGCCCGCCGUUGCACCUGUUGCAUUCGGAACAAUUUCUUCCGUAAACUCGAAACGGCUGUUCGCUCCAAGUAUUCCCGGUGUUCUGUACCGUCGAAAUGAAAGGAACGAACGAGGGACAGGAGGUAAAAAACGCGGAGAGGCACGAGUCGCGCGGUCUGGAAUGCGAUUUAAUAUAGGACGCACGAUGAAUCGAGUUUCGCGCGUCAGACCGUGGAUACGCGCGGUGUAAGAUGAAAUGGACAAUAUAACCUGGAGUUUGGACAGGUGUAAUUGCGAGAAACAGCGAGAAAAAGAGUGUACGCGCGAGAGGGGGAGAAGCAAGAUGGAUAGCACCGUGAACGGAACGGAAACACGGAUAUGCAUACUACCGGAAGACCUGGAGGUUCUGGAGGAUCCUCGAACGCCCUCGUUGAGAAGGAUCAGUUACGGUAUCAUCUUACCUGCCAUCUGUUGCUUGGGAAUCAUCGGGAAUAUCUUAAACUUGGUCGUGCUUACCAGACGCAAUAUGCGAGGCACGGCGUACAUCUACAUGAGAGGAUACUCGGCUGCGGCUCUUCUCGCGAUUUUCUUCUGCAUACCGUUCGCUCUGAGAGUUCUUAUUCACAAAGAGACGGGACGGUGGAGCAAUUGGAUUCAGGCCUUUUACCAUACUCAUCUCGAACUGUUUCUCGGGAACGGUUGCUUGGGGGUCGGAGUGAUGAUGCUGCUGGCGUUGACGGUGGAACGUUACGUUAGCGUUUGCCAUCCCGGUCAACACACUCGGCCGCUCUGCGGUCCGCCUCACCUAACGGUGGUCCUCAUCCCUCUGGCAACGUUUCUCGUAUAUCUGCCGAGUGCGUUUCGGGCGGAAGUCGCGACUUGCCUCCUCGCACCCGGUGGCUCUGUCAUAUAUCAGAAGAGGGAGAACCAGUCGUUUCUCGACUCGUUGUUCUAUCAAGUGUACAAGGUGGCCCUGGAAAUAGUUUUCAAAGUGGCGCCAACGAUCCUCCUGGCCGGCUUCAAUCUGCGUAUAAUGAUAGUGUACAGGAGGUCCUGCGAUCGUCGCCGCCGGAUGACGCUGUCCAGGACCGUCAGCACCGACGAAGACCCGAGAACCUACGCCGAGGAACGAAGGCUCGUUCUUCUUUUGAGCAGCACCAGCAUCCUGUUUCUCGUUUGCGUCAGUCCGAUGGUGAUCCUAAACGUCACUCUCAGAGAGAGCAUUCUCAGUCACUAUCCUUACCAGGUAUUUCGCGCGCUGGCCAAUCUGCUGGAGGUGAUCAAUUACUCGAUCACGUUCUACAUCUACUGCCUGUUCUCGGAGGAUUUCCGAAGCACCCUGCUCCGUACUCUUCAGUGGCCCUGGGGAAACAGCAGCCAAAGCGGAAGAGGUCUACCCAUGAAUCGUUCUCCUCUACCGAGGCCAACGACCACGACAACCACCACGCCACCGACAACCGCCCUCGCGACUCCUGGCCAUUUUGCGCGCGCCAGUGUCUAGCUCGCUGUCUUUCCUUCCUGUCGAGCCGGACUCCCUCGAAAGAGGCUCCCUACCCUCGAAAAAUCUCUCUGUAAAUGUGUCCGUCGAUGUAAAUUCGAAUUUCAUGCGAAUCGUUCGGUGUCCCGUGUUCUGAAACUAUUUUCGUAGACUAUACCUGAUUUCUAUCGCGAUGACCAUCCAGGUCACCCUCGCGAUUCGUUCGAGAAAGGUUAAUCGUUCGAUUCCGCCAGAGUUUUACGCUUCGUGUCAAUCAUAGAAGUAUCGAGAUAACUUUUAAGAACUUCUUCAGGACCCUGUAACAUAAAAUUAAGAUUAAAACUUGGUAUGCUUAACCUUUCUCUGACAAAUAUACAAGUAAACACACGGCGAAAGAGACGAAUGCGUUAUUUUUCAACAAAGUUUACAUCUACUCGUCUGAAUUUUUAACAGGAACUACCCCGUUCGUUUCGAUAGACAGUACGCACGCUCGGAUUUUACGAUUUCACCUGGACACGGUUGCAAUCAAGUUACCG